AUGGAGACUCCUAACUGCGACCGCUGGUCUGAACUCCCAAUGGACUUGUUGAGAUGUGUGUUGGAACACUUGAAUUUUGUAGAUUUCCACCGCGCUAAGAUGGUGUGUUCGAACUGGUACUUGUGUUCCAAGCAGACGUUGGGACCAAAAGCCGGAUCUCCAAUGCUGAUAAUGUCUCAAGAAGGAAAGGUGAUAGUAGUAUGGAUGAAGGGAUGCGGUACUGGUUUCAAACAAGAUAGAUUUUGUUGGAAAUAG